GUGGUGGCUUGGGCUUCACACACUGUCAGACACCUUCGUGGUGGCCUCCACGGCCUUACCUUCAGGUUUGAAGCUGGCUCCACAAGGGACACGGUGACAUGAGGGACAGCUCACUGAUCCAUCUUCUGGCCAUUUCCUUCCUCUGCCUCCUCUCAAUGGUGUUUGCCCAGCUGUGCCGGACACCCUGUAGCUGUCCUUGGACACCACCCCAGUGCCCACAGGGGGUACCCCUGGUGCUGGAUGGCUGUGGCUGCUGUAAAGUGUGUGCACGGAGGCUGGCGGAGUCCUGCGACCACCUGCAUGUCUGCGACCCCAGCCAGGGCCUGGUUUGUCAGCCUGGGGCCGGCCCUGGCGGCCAUGGGGCUGUGUGUCUCUUGGAUGAGGAUGACGGUAGCUGUGAGGUGAAUGGCCGCAGGUACCUGGAUGGGGAGACCUUUAAACCCAAUUGCAGGGUCCUGUGCCGCUGUGAUGACGGUGGCUUCACCUGCCUGCCGCUGUGCAGUGAGGAUGUGCGGCUGCCCAGCUGGGACUGCCCACGCCCCAAGAGAAUACAGGUGCCAGGAAAGUGCUGCCCCGAGUGGGUGUGUGACCAGGGAGUGACACCGGUGAUCCAGCGCUCCACUGCGCAAGGACACCAACUUUCUGCCCUUGUCACUCCUGCCUCUGCUGAUGCUCCUUGUCCGAAUUGGAGCACAGCCUGGGGCCCCUGCUCAACCACCUGUGGGCUGGGCAUAGCCACCCGAGUGUCCAACCAGAACCGAUUCUGCCAACUGGAGAUCCAACGCCGCCUGUGUCUGCCCAGACCCUGCCUGGCAGCCAGGAGCCACAGCUCAUGGAACAGUGCCUUCUAAGGCCAACUGGGGAUGCGGAUACAGGGCCUGCCAUCCUCAGCAAAUGUCCCUAGGACCAGGCCCUGGACUGCUGGUAGAUGCUCUUCUCCGUGCUCUUGGCUGCAGUUAACUGUCCUGCUUGGAUUCACUGUGUAGAGCCACUGAGCGAUCCCUGCUCUGUCUGAGGUAGGCGGAGCAGGUGACCAGCUCCAGUUCUCUGGUUCAGCCUGGGAUUCUGGGUUCUCCUGGCUCGUUCCUCAAAACAUCCCUGUACAAAAAGGACAACCAAAAAGACCUUUAAACCUAGGCUAUACUGGGCAAACCUGGCCACCAUGCUGGGGAUAAGGUCAAUGUUAGGACCAGACAGCAGAUUGCCUGAAACUUCCAAUUCCCUUCUUGGACUUCUGUAUGCUUGUCCCCAAAGAUGAUGAAUGAACUCGUAAGUGUACCUUCCCUGACCUGAGAACACCCUGCCUGCUCAGGAAGUAUUCAGGGGCAGAAUUCUCUGUGAACAUGAAGAGAUGAAUCACACUGUCCUUAAGAAAUUCCUCAAAGUCCAGGAACUUGAGCUUUGUAUUUUCAGGAAUGCACAUCUCUUAAGCACUCGCAAAACAGGAGGCUCCACACCUCUGGCAGGCCAGGGCCUUUCUCUUCAGCAUGAGAAAGACAAGGGACAGCAGAGUACCCUCCUCUGGAGGACUAGUCUAGCCUAGAAUAAACACCCAAGUCAAGCGUGGA